ACCAAAUCUAGUCCAAGCUGGACUUUCAAGUCAAUGGUGGAGUUUAGCAUGAGUUAGGAACUAGGAAGCACACAAAUUAACAGUUGCCGCAGCACAUUAGGCGCCGCGCUAAAAUGCUGUAUCCUCACGCGUCUUUUGUUACAAGAAAAGUUACGAGGACAAUGUUAGACAUGCUAAAAUCUUAUUAGCGAAACUCGUCCGCUAAGUAAUCUAAUAAGAAAGCGUGAAAUCGAGAUGAAUUUUAUCUUAGAUUACACUCGAAAAUGCAAUCAUUUUCUUGCAUAUAUCUAAGAUUAAGAUUACUAACUUGGUCCAUAGAAAUAAUCUAAUGUCAUAUCUAAUGUCUUAUCUUAGAUUAUACUCGAAAAUGCCGUAUCCUCACACGUCUUUUGUUACAAGAAAAGUUACGAGGACAAUGUUAGACAUACUAAAAUCUUAUCAGCAAAACUCAUCCGCAAAGUAACCUAAGAAGAAAGCGUGAAAUUAAACAUGAAUUUUAUCUUAGAUUACACUUGAAAAUGCAAUCAUUUUCUUGCAUAUAUCUAAGCUUAAGAUUACUAACUUGGUCCAUAGAAAUAAUCUAAUGUCUUGUGCAAAUGGCCCUGUAUUGCUGAGAAAAUUUUUUGACUCUGUCUAACCACUCUUGAAAGGUUGGGAAUCUAUCCGGGGAGGAGAACUAGACCAGAAAAAAGAUCUGAUGAGAUUCUACCAUGGAGUAAAUAACUUCAAAUUUCAGCAAAUAUUCAUAAAAAAAAUGAAACAGUAAAAACUACACAUUUCUGACCUCAUCCAAACAAACAACUUUAAUGAUCGUAUCCCAUCCAGUACUCCGUCAGUUUUGGACUUGUUAUCACCUAUAAAGGCCUCAACUUCUAUGAGGUUUCACUCAACUCGCUUCAAGUUUCUCUCACAAAAAUGGAGGCCAAAUGUUUUUCCUGCUUCUUCACGGUGCUGUUGCUGUGUCGAUUGGCGUGUGCGGCUCGAGCAUCCUGCGAUUUCCCGGCGAUGUUUAAUUUCGGGGACUCAAACUUGGACACCGGCGGCCUGUCGGCUGUGUUUGGCCAGGCUCCGUGGCCUGAAGGCGAGACCUACUUCCACAGCCCUGCCGGGAGGUACACCGAUGGCCGCGUCCUGGUAGACUUCAUAGCUGAGAACUUGGGAUUACCGUAUCUGAGUGCGUACCUCAACUCGGUGGGAUCCAACUUCAGCCACGGAGCCAACUUUGCGACUGCAGGUUCCACCAUUCGGCCUCAGAACACGACCCUUCAACAGUCGGGGUUCAGCCCCAUCUCUCUCGACGUUCAGUACAACGAGUUCUAUGAGUUUCGUAACCGAACUCCAGUGGCUCGUCAAAAAGGAGAGGUCUUUGAGAAGCUGUUGCCCAAGGCAGAAGUUUUCUCUGAGGCUCUGUAUACCUUUGAUAUCGGCCAGAAUGACCUCACAGCCGGGUACUUCAUGAACAUGUCUACCUCGGAAGUGAGAGCAUACAUUCCCGAUGUCCUAGGGCAGUUCAAGAACAUUGUCUCGUACGUAUACAGCCAAGGCGGCAGGUUCCUUUGGAUUCACAACACGGGCCCGGUCGGUUGCCUACCAUAUGUGAUGGAGCGGGUACCCAUCCUGGCAUCACAAGUGGACCCCGCCGGCUGCGCGUCCCCUUUCAACGAAGUGGCUCAGGAUUUCAACCGCGGGCUAAAGGAAGUUGUGAUGCAGUUGAGGCAGGAGUUGCCUCAGGCAGCGAUCACGUAUGUCGACGUCUACUCUGUCAAAUACUCCCUGAUUAGCCAUCCCGAGAAAUACGGUUUCAAGCAUCCGCUGAGGACUUGCUGCGGCCAUGGAGGAAGGUACAACUAUGACAUUCACAUGGGAUGCGGCGCGACGGCGAUGGUGGACGGGGAGGAAGUGAUGGUGGCGAAGUCCUGCGAAAAUCCGGCACUUCAUGUGAAUUGGGAUGGAGUGCAUUUCACUGAGGCAGCUAACAGGCAGAUCUUUGAACACAUCAGGAGUGGCUUGUUCUCUGACCCACCUGUUCCAUUGAGCUCGGCUUGCCUGAGGUUGCCUCCAUCCUGAAGCGGACAUGAACAUGAUCCUCUCUUGCCAAACUUGUUCUGUUGUCUUUUUCCAGAACUACUUUUUCGCUGUUUUCAGUUUGUGAUUUGCGGGAAUGCAAACUAGGAGGUACAUUUCCGACAUCGAAUUCCAGCAUCGUCUUGUGUUACAAGCCUAUUCAUACAUGAAAAAGCAUCUACAAGCUUAGGACUUCAGUUUUUCCUACCA